CUUGGUGUUCAAAGCGUUGAUCUGUAGUAUCUAGUUCUUAAAUAAAAUGUGAGUGAAAUUAUCUUAUCAUGAUAGCGAAAGAUAAGAUGCCCAUGUCAAGAUAAUCCCAAGAUAUUGGCUUGUUUAUGAUUGAUAAAUGUGUUUCAUCUCAGUUUUAGGUUUACUUAUCAGUUUUAGUGAACCUACGUGUGUAAUAUGACUAAAAUGUCUUUAAAAUUAAAUCUUGAAGUUCCAAAGUUUUUGAAAUCCGUUAGGUAUACUUUGGCCGCAGUAAAUGGAUUGUUUUUGUUAACUGGUUUCCUGCUGCUAAUCGUUGGGGUUGUGAUCCUCGUCCAAUAUUCUGAGUAUGAAGUAUUCGUCACUCAAAGAUUCUUCACAAUACCAGGAUUCGUGAUUGCGACAGGCGUGAUUAUAUGCAUUGGAUCCAUCCUAGGGUUUUAUGGAGCGAUUUCAGAGCAGUUUUACUUUAUUGCUGGGUACGUGAUGCUGUCCAUAGUGGUACUGGUCUUCGAAAUAGUUAUUAUAAUAAUUGCGUUCGCUUUGAGUAACGACGCGGUGUCCGAGAUCAGAGCCCCGAUGUUGCAAAGUCACCAGCUGUACGAGAGUAGACGAGAUAUAGCCAGGCUUUGGGACGACUUGCAAAUGGAAUUCGAGUGCUGCGGAGUGUCUAGCCGUUUGGACUACAUGUCAAGUAGGAUCCCCGUGAGCUGCUGCCACAUAGACUACGGCACUAUAUCGCCAUUCGAGUGUGGUGCGGCCAACGCUUACACGACGGGCUGCGCGACCUUUCUCGGCGAAUGGCUUGCAUACAACGCGUAUGUGAUAGCGGUUUGUGCCAUCGUUGCCACGAGUCUACAGGUAUUAUUAUCAGCGAUGUCAGGGUGGCUGGCCUACAGAUCGAAGUUCGAAGAGGUUGAAUUAGAGUCUUGAGUUCCUUAAUUAAUGUUAUCUUAUGUGUAACGUUUAAUGUAUAACAAAGUUUUGUUUAUGUAUAAUAAUGACGUAAUGUUCAAAUAAAUAGAAUUUAAAAACUUUAGACGGA